UGAAAAUACAUUGAGACCAUUACUAGUAAUUACAAGGUAGCCGGCGUUCUGCAGGGGAAGAGGGACGUGGGACGUACAUGCGCCAGAGCCCAUCACGUGUCCCUGAGGAGGGUCCAAGGUCCAGCCGGGCAGGGGCUGUGGAGGCGAGUGCUGCUGCAAGAUGAAGCUCUUGUUCCUCUUCCUCGGUGUCCUGCAGCUCCUCGCUGCUGCCACCGCCGUGUACAAGCAGUGGAUCCCCAACACCAAUUUUGAAACCGCAUCCAACUGGGAUAAAGGCAGAGUCCCCUGUGCCAGCGACGUGGUUCAUUUUGAGAAGAACAAGGUUGUCUCAGUCUUCGUUGGAUCCCCCCACAUGCUGACAGACAUGUACCUGCCCCUGAACGGAGAAUUCGUGCUGGCAUCUGGUGCAGGAUUUGCGGCUUUCGAUGGCAGCUGGGAUCCAGGCUGUGACUCAGGUGCAACAGUGAGGUUUGCUGAUGCUGAGCACCACGCGUGGUUUGACCCCACGCUGUGGCAGCCUGUGUCCCCCAACAGGGAGCUCGACCUGGGCGGGCGCAUCUUUUCUGUGGACGAGGAACGUGUCCCGUGCCACUACGAUGAUGUUAUCUUCCAGCCCGAAACCUCCUUCCGGGUAAACGUCGACUCAUCGCGGCGAGUGAUUCAUCUCCGCAGCAUCUCUCUCAUGGGCCAGGAGUUCAGCAGCCCCGAGGCCUGGGCCGGGUACCUGGGGGGUCCCUCUGCUCCGCUGCAGUUUCAUGGCAAUGGCACCCUGCAGGUGACGGGCACCGCCUGCCCUGAGAAGUCCGGCUGUGCCUGUGGGAACGCCCCGGAUGGCCACCGCAUCUGCGCCGCCCUGGGGAGGCAGUGCCCAGCCCUGACAUGCCAAACCCCUCUGCAGCCCCUCGGCCACUGCUGCGAGGUCUGCGGAGCCACCAUUAAUCUGGAUUUCACUCCUGAUUUUGACCUGCAGAAGUACCGGGACAGACUGGUCCAAGCCUUGCUGAGUCAGCCCAAGUAUGCUGGUGUGCGGAUGGCCAUAUCCAAGGUGGACAAAGAACAGACCUUCCUGGGAAUCAUACCCCAAAGCCCCACUCCCCUCAUCCAAAUCGUGCUGGUCGAUGACGAGACAGGAGCACAGACCGGCACCGCUGCGGAGCAGAUGGCUGCAGACAUCAUGGAGGACAUAGCACAGCACGGUGAAGCACUUGGCAUUUCAAGUGGCAAAAUGGAGGUGGCCACUGGCAGCACUUUCAGCGGGCAAGUGGGGAGCCACGCAACGAGCAGGAUCACAGCAGGGACUAUCAUGGGGCUACUCUUCGGUCUCCUCUUGCUUGGAGGGAUCCUCUUUCUCUACAGAAAAGGAAAACUAAGGCUGCCCAUCCUGCGCUACCCCUCGCUUUGGAACAGAAUGGAGGACCCGGUGUCCCCUGAGCCAGCCAGUGACAAAGGCUUCAACAACCCCAUGUUCGACGUGGAGCCACCGAGUGCUGUCCCUGAAGAGGAGGCGACGCAGGAGACGGCUACCAAAGACCAUCAGGUCUUCUAUCUCAACCCUCUGUAUGAUGGAAGUGAGACAGAAACCUGACAGCGUGGACUCCAGCUGUGGGGCAGUCACCACCUCCCUGGGGACACUGCCACCUCUCCAGCCCUCACAGCCCCUCACGUCACUCCUGGUGGGCUUUAAAACACAAGCACAAGGA